UUGAGCUACCUAUGCUGUUAGCGGAAGUAGCUGCAGGAUGAUGGCCCCUGCUCCUGUCAGCAGCGACUCCCCCUGCGCGUGUAAAGGCGUCCGCCGCUGUCUCGUGUGUGAACAGAUUAAGGGAACGUGUAAUUUGGAGCCGAGUGAUCCUGAGGUUGUGCAUCAUUUUCUCUACAAUCCUGAGACAAGACGGGCUGUUUGCGAUGAUGCAGAGGCUUUGUCCUUCCCCUUUCCUGGUGUCUUCCUGUGGGAGAACUUCAUAUCAGAAGCAGAGGAGAAGGCGCUGAUAAGCUCGAUAGACCAGGAUGUGUGGAACCAGUCCCAGUCUGGGCGAAGGAAACAGGACUUUGGUCCAAAGGUGAACUUCAAGAAAAAGAAAGUACGUGUGGCUGGCUUCAGUGGACUCCCUCCUUUAAGCCAAAAACUAGUGCUCAGGAUGCAGCAGGAGCCAAGUCUGUCAUGCUUCCAGCCAGUGGAGCAGUGUAAUCUGGAUUACCAUCCUCAGCGAGGCUCUGCCAUCGACCCACACCUCGACGACUCCUGGCUUUGGGGGGAGCGCCUGGUCACCAUCAACAUGUUAUCAAACACCACUCUCACCAUGUCGCUUGAACAGGGUCUUCCUGAGCUGGGACUCAGAGGGAAUGUCCAGGUAGCUGUGCAUCUCCCUCGCAGAUCUUUGCUGGUGUUGUACGACGAGGCACGGCACAGGUGGAAACACGGCAUUCACAGGGAGGAUGUUCAUGAGCGUAGAGUUUGCAGCACCUACAGAGAGCUGUCUGCAGAGUUCUUACCUGGAGGGCAGCAGGCAGAGCUGGGAGCACAGCUGUUGAACAUGGCUUUGAGUUUUCAAGGAACUCCAAUAUGAUCUGAUGAUGGCACUGGAAAACUGCACAACCAGAGAUGGGAGUCAAGGACAAGUCUUUAACGUUUCCGCAUUGAAACAGAAUGAAGAUGUCCUUCCCAAGGCUGAAGGCUUGAAGUUUGAACCUGUGACUCAUCUCCAAAUUCAACAGUUAACAGAGGAUACACAACACUGUAAUCUCCAGUUCCUCUCCUCUACAAAAUUGACUAGUGCACAGAUUUUUUUAUAUGAAUAUGAAUGUGAAGAUUGCAACGGAUACAUGUGCUUCUGUAGUUUAAAACCAAGGAAGUGCAUAGAGUCUUGACUUGUGGACUUGACUACUGUUAUUGAUUCCCUUUUGUCCUGUGGCUGUUUGACUAAGUUUGUCCCAGUUAAUAUUUUGACCCGAACACUGUUUGUCCAAAAGCAAUUGAAGGCACUCCAGGUUUGGUUUGACCUGUGAGUCAACAGUGCUCCAGAGAUUUGAGGCGCUGAUUGGUUCAAAUCUGCACAAUGAACAAGUCAAACGUAAAAUGUAUUGAUGUCCACAAGUAUGUAAAAAUGCAGUUGAUGAACAGAAAAGAGAAAGGAAAAAAGAGUAGAACGCAGUCUAUCAGGUUGAGAUAUAGUAUACACAUCCCAACUUCCUCUGCUGACACCUGUGGUGUCGAUUAUUUUGCAACUACUGGUUUUCAUCAGAAAGAUUCCUCUCUAAACUGCCAAUGUGAUGAAACAGGCAAAAACAUUUUUUGUGUCCUUGAAUUAUAUAAAUUUAGUGAUUUCAUUAUUUUUUUAAUCUUGCUCUUCACAAGUAGCUGUUAAUAUUUUUAUUAACAAAUAAAUUAUUUUUCAUGCAUUUUA